GACAAUGGUUGACAGCUUUCACUUUGUACAGAAGGGAAAAUCGCGAAUGUUGUCUUUUCACCGUGUUAUGUGUGCAAAUGAAAUUCAAAUAAAUGGAUUCAGAUAAACAUUUUUAAGUGAAGGGGAUACUGACAAGAUUUCUUAAGGCUUAUGUCUGAUCACAGUGAUGAGGAGGAGACUGAUGAGUCAUCGUCCCUUCUUCCUAAGAAGAAAGAACAGAGAAACUCAGCAGAAGAAAGAAAAUCGCCAUACACUAAUUAUUCCUCCAUACCAGACUCUAAACAAUUAUCAUCCACUACUGAUGUAAACAAUGAAUAUGAACAGAGGGUGCCUGAUGAUGAUGCAAGCUCAACACCUACCUCAGAAACCAAUGGAUUCUCUUUCUUUGCCCUACAGAGGAAGCAAAAAGCCAUUCUUUGUAGCAUUUGCAUGGCAGAUUUUCUUUCUUAUCUCUGCUUAUCAUUGCUUGCACCAUUUUUCCCACAGGAGGCAUCAUUAAAGGGGGUCAAUGAUACCAUAUCAGGCUGGAUAUUUGGAGUGUUCGCCUUAAGUCAAGUUGUGUUCUCUCCCUUUUUUGGAAAAAUGCUUCCAUAUGUGGGCAUUAGAUUCAUGUUCUUAUCUGGGUUAUUUUUAAGUGGAGGAUGUACACUCUUGUUUGGUGCCUUGGCCUAUGUCCCAGUAGAUGACAGCCCUUUGACUUUCGUGGUGCUAUGUUUCUUGCUCCGAAUCUUUCUCUCUGUUGGAUGCACUGCCCUCAAUACCGCAUGCUACACUGUUUGUGCCAAAGAAUUCCCAGACCAUAUUGCUACAGUUUUUGGUAUUGGAGAGGUGUUUGUGGGUGUUGGAUUCAUGUCGGGGCCAGCCAUUGGUGGAGUUCUCUAUGGGCUGGGAGGCUUUUUUACACCAUUUCUAGUGAUUGGAGUCCUCAUUAUUAUAUGUGUUCCUGUCAACUGGAUCAUUCUACCUCCAGAUGAUCGUUUCGAGAAAUCUGAAUCAAGUACCAGUAGCCUUACCUUGUUGAAAUCACCCUCCAUCAUCGUAGCAUCUUUAGCAAUCAUUGUAGCAUCCUUUAUUUGGUCCAUAUUAGACCCAACACUUGAACCUCAUUUACGAGAAUUUGACCUUGGUCCAGAGUUAAUUGGUGUACUUUUUCUGGUCAUGUCAGCGUUUUAUGCCAUCUCGUCACCAAUCUGGGGAUGGGUAGCAGAUAGAUGUCCAGACAACAGACUGCUGAUGAUUCCUGGUUUCCUGUUUUCUGCUGUGGGCAUGUCACUGUUAGGGCCUUCUACACUCUUAGGGUUUGCAGAAGAUUACAAUGUGCUAUGGUUGAACAUUGUAGCCUUAAUUAUACUUGGAAUAUCUGCUAGUCUGGCACUAAUUCCAACUUUUGAUAUCUACCUCUACAUUGCAGAAGAGUUAGGGUUUGGAGAUGAUAUGAACACCUACAGCUUAGUAGCAGGCUUAUUUGGAUCCAUGUAUGCCUUCGGAGAUUUUCUUGGACCCUCCAUUGGUGGUACUUUACUGGAUGUGGUUGGGUUUCAAUGGUGCUGCACUAUAACUGCUUUUGCCUGUCUUGGAAUGAUUCCACUGCUGUUUUUGGACUAUGUUUGUGACAAAUGUAGAAAGAAAGAUAAGGGUGUAAAACCUGUGACAAAUAGACAGGAGGAACAGACAAAGUUACUGGGAGAGAGUGUUCGGGAGGAAAUUCAGGGGGAUUAUAUGGCUUCUUACCCACCCCUGACAGCCACGCAGGUCUGAGGUCAAAGGUCAGCAUCUACAGAUAGCAUUCAACAGCACUGCUAAGUUAAGAGAAAAAAAAAAAAACACUAGUCAAUAACUUUUAGUUAAAAUAUCUUAUUUACGAGGGGUGAUCAAAAAGUUCGCAAUCUAAUUAAAUUACUUCCUUAAAAUAAAUAAAAUGAGGUUUCAGUGUUCAUUAUUUAAAGUAGUCCUCUCUUAUAUAUUAUAUUAUAUAGGAUUAUAAUGCACAUCUGCCAUUGUUCUGCCCACGCGCGAAUCAUGUGAUCAAGGCGGUCACGUGACAUGCUCCGUGGCGUUCUGUUCACAGAAGCUAAAAGAUUUUUCUGAGUCUUAUAUUUCUUCUCAUGCAAGUUAUAUUUUAUAACAAGAACAGCCCAUCUGUCAGAAAUGGCCAAAUCUUGGCAAUAGGAUGAGUAGAUAAAGACAUCCCUUCCCAGAAUUAGCAUGGUGAUCAUCAAAACCCGAGUCCUCUGUCUCGGAAGCGUUGUAUAUCCAAUGUGGAUAAAGUAUGGACGACCUCUUUUUAUCAUAUCUCAUAUGUUUAAAGUCUAAAGUAAAUGAUAUUUUAGGGAUUUAAUGAUUAUAUUAUUGUUAAGAUAUUCAACUAUUUUUCUAAAUGUAACUUGGCGAUCUUUCAUAACAAAUUGCUCAACUAAGGACACAUCUUUUCCACAGCUUGCUUUCGCUGGGCAACAGAACAAACAUCAUAUUUAAUCAUCUCCCUGCCUUCACUAAAACAAUCAAUUCAAUUAAUGAUUGAACUUCUGGUAAGUCUUUUGUCUUCAUAAACCUUGUACAAAUUAUCGUAUUCUACUGCAAAGGAAUUUCCAAGAUAUACGUUAAACUUUACAGCCGUUCGUUGCUCGAGUACGACUGAGUCAACCAUUUUUUGUCAAAAGUCACCCACAUAUUGACGUCAUUUUCACAUUGUGACAUCACAAAAACGGAGCAAAACAUUAUAUAACACCUGCUAUUUAUAGAAUAUGUGUAUGACUACCUAUAUGUGUGCCAAAUUUCAUUCUGAUCUGAAUUGUGGUUUUGUAAAUAUAGAGAUAGUUCCCGAACUUUUUGAUCACCACUCAUACUUUGAUAAUCAGAUGAUUCUGUACUUAGGAGUUUAAAAUACAUGUAUGAAAAUGUUUAUGAAUCCAGUUUCUGAGGUAUAGUGUCAGUCUUAUUUAAACUAUGUUGCAAAAGUCAAAGUCUGCUUUUUUAAAGUUGUUUAUAUACAAUGUACAAUUAAAUUGUAUUAUAUAAGGAGAAAUAAUAUUCAUAGAGAUAUGAUAUUGAAAUUUUUUUGUCUGUGAUAUAUAAACUGCAUUAUCAUUUUUAAAAUUAAAUCUGCCUCAAUUUAAUUCUAAAUUGUAUAGUGUACUUGUAUUUCAUAUGUUUUUAGCUCACCUGAGCCAAAGGCUCAAGUGAGCUUUUCUGAUCAAAAUUUGUCCGUUGUCUGUCAUCAUUGUUGUUGUCGUGGCGUCAUUGUUCUUGUCGUAAACUUUUCACAUUUUCAUCUUCUUCUCCAGAACUACUGGGCCAAUUUCAAUCAAAAAUUGGCAGAGAGUAUCCUUGGGUGAAGGGGAUUCAAGUUUUUUCAAAUGAAGGGCCACGCCUUCUAAGGGGAGAUAAUUGCGAUUUCAUGAAAAAUUUAUGGCAUCUUUCAAAAAUCUUCUUCUUAAGAACCACUGUGUUAGAAAAUAUGAAACUUAUGUGGAAAUAUCCUCAGGUAGUGUAGAUUCAAGUUUGUUCAAAGCAUGUCCCCCAGGGGUAGGGUGGGGCCACAGUGGGCGAUCAAAGUUUUACAUAGGAACACAUAGGGAAAAUCUUUAAAAAUCUUCUUCUCAAGAACAGCAAAGUCUUGAUUAGUCAUAUUUAUAUGGAAGCAUCCUCAGGUAGUGAAGAUUUAAGUAUGUUCAAAUCAUGACCCCCGGGGAUAGGGUGGGGCCACAUUGGGCAAUCAGUGUUUUACAUAGGAAUACAUAGGGAGCACCUUUAAAAACCUUCUUCUCAAGAACAAAAAAGCCUUGAUUGGUCAUAUUUACAUGGAAGCAUCCUCAGGUAGUGUAGAUUCAAGUUUGUUCAAAUCAUACCCCUCUCCCAUUUAGGGGUAGGUCGGGACCACUUAUGCAUUUAAGUAUUGCAAUACUAAACUUAUUUUUGUUUUUUCUUAGCCACAGUGCUCAGGUGAGCGAUGUGGCCCCUGGGCCUCUUGCUAUUAGCUUAAAAUCAGAGAGAAUUAUUUCAUUAUAUACAUUCCUAAACAGCAACUUUUUUUUCUUAAAAUUUUAGAUAAUUCUAUAGCAUAUUAUGCUAUAUACAUUAUCAUCAUGACAUAUUUAUUAUGGAUUCUGUUGGUUAAAAAGUGAAUAUUCAUUUGAGUGCUGUGCUUCUUUAAUAAUGAAUGUGAAAAUACUGAUCUUGCAAUAAAAUAAAAUGUCUUCCAUAAUUGAUAAAUAACAUUUGUGGACAUUUUUGCCAUGUGAACAAUUGUGUAUACUAUUUAAAGGAUGUAUUUUGUCACUUUCCAGCAUUGGUCAUCAACAACUUUCAUCCCUUAAUUCUAGACAUAUUCUAUAACCAACCUGUAUAUUUUAUCCACUCCUAACCCUUUAUAGUCGUCUCUACAAACCAAUAAACUUGUUAUGCCAUCCGACAACAAAUUCACAGCAAGCGAGUUUAUUGGUCUGUAGAGACGACUAGAAAGGGUUAGGAGGUAGAUAAAAUAUACAGGUUGGUUAUAGAAGAUGUCUAGAAUUAGGGGAUGAAAGAUUGUUGAUUGACCAAUGCUGGAAAGUGGCGAAAUACUUCCCCAAAGUGCGCAGAAAAUCUUGCGCCGUAAAUUGCACUUUAUUUACAUUAUGGGAUCUGUAGCGUUAUGGUCAAAGACUAAAAUAUAAAACCAUAACGCUACAGUUCUGCAGCUAAUGCAUUACAUGUUUUUUUUUUUAUUAUAAAAAUCUGAACUCAGUUAUAUAUUUAAAAAAAUUGAAUGAUAAAAAAAGAUUGUGAAAUAUUAGUGAACAUAUUCUGCUAUUCCGAGUAAAAAUACAAAUUUAUUGAGAAAUGGUAAAUUACCGGUAUGGUUAUAACAAAGUGCCAGGGAUGAACAGUUUAGAUUUCUUGCAAAAGUAAUUCUAUAUAUCUAUUAACUUCAUCAUAUUCUCUAAAUUUAAAGAGAAUUCACUGUAAACAUGAAUUCAUUAUAAGUGUGUUCACUGUAACCAUGUUUUACUGGAAUUUGUGAGUGUUAGAGAGAAUAAAAUGUUCAUUAAUUUAGUUUAACUGAGAAUGAAGAGAAAGAGAGUUCUGAAGUUUCUAUGCAUUAAAAGUUCUUCAUUUAAUUUAUUCCCCAGGUAUAAACACAUCCCAUUUUGCAUUAUAAGUAUUGUAGAGUACAAAGUGAUAUAAAUUUUUCAAUGAUUUGCUGUUUUUGUUUCAGUUUAUAAAUUGGAUGCUAGAACAGAGAACUUUGUUGAUGUUAUUCAGUGUUGUAGUUUGACGAUGUCUUAUAAUCAAUAUCAUUUAAGGUACUUUCCCUUGAGUUAUAUUUUUUAUAAUACAACAAAUAUAGUUGAAAACUCAGUGAAUAUCAAAUCUGUACAGUAUUAAAAUUGAAAGUCAUGAAUUUUUACCUAACAAUUCAUUUGAAUUAAAAAUCAUUUGUUAUGUGCAUUGCAGGUUAUUUUUAUGUGAUGCAAAAAAAUGUAUAUAUUUUAAUACCUCCAAAUUUGAUUGUGAUAAAAUAUGCUAACAGAGCGAUAUCUGUUGAAUAUUAGUUUUAUAUCUUCAAUAAUUUGGUGCUUACAUCCUCUAGAUACUGAUGCUUAUUGUGAGUUACAUGUAAAUUCAGAUAUUUUGACAGAAAAAAAGUGCCAUAAAUAAAUUUUGAUAGUGGAUUACUAAUAUAAUUUGUACUUAAGAAUAAAUUUUUAACAAAACAAGAGUAUGUGAUUCAUAUCCCAUUCUAGUUUAUGCACAAAAUAAAAACAAACAAAAAAAUGUCAAUUUUUAGCAUUAUUCUUAGCAAAUUCUUCAUAAAUAUCAUUGUGAUAGAAUUAUUUAUGAGUAAGAAUAUAAAUUCUAAAGGUUAUGCCUGUAGCAGUUAUAUUUUUGUAAUUUUAAAUUUAAAGACAAUUUUUG